AUGCUGGACUGCUCUCCCGUCACACUCCGCGAGAGAGACUGUAGACAAUCACUGAAGGCUGAUGAGUCUGCUGGUCAGCUAAAACAGAAAGCAUCGGUGUCGGGGAUCAUCAAUACGAGAGCGAGCGAGAUUGAGAGCGAGAUCUUUGCAAAGGCUGAGGAGAUCAGGAGGAAAUGGGCGACCUUGGCCGAAGCACGAGCUGAUGCACAGUGGGGGUUGGUGACACCACCACGCCUCGAUCCAGAAGCCGCAUUCCCCUCGAGUAGUGGUAAUUCGAGGAUGCAUCUGGUGAGGAGGAAGAGGGAGGCGGAUGCUUACCGCAGGCUUACACCUUGGGAAGCAUCUGAUGUUGUCAAGAUUCUCGUGGAUAAGGUUCCUGAUAAUUGCACGCAUGCACAAGCUUUGGAAGUUGUAGCUUCACUCACCGGAGAGGGUUGCUUGACGGAAGAGCUGGGAAGAGAGUUGGCGACUGAUGAGGCCGACUUUUCACCAAUUGCGAAUUUGUUUUCAAGUCCGGAGACCGACGUGCCUUCCGCGGAACUCAUUCGAACAAUUAUAGAGGAGUUUCCAUGGAAGUUUCUCAGUGACGAGCGUCUGCAGCGUAUGGUUCAUCGACUUUCCAAACAAGCGGAGAAAUUGAUGACCAAAGGGGAUUUGAAAGGAGCUCAGGAGGCCAAUAUCAUUCGAUUCUGUGGAUCCCUGUAUUGCUAUAUUGAUAGAGUCAAUAAUUGA